AUGUUUAUCAUCAUCAGCUCUGUCACAGUCGCUCUAUUUGCCGCACACAAGCUCUUAGGCGUCCGUUUUAUCCAUUCCUGGGUAUGGACAUGCAAAAGUCGAACAAAUACUUCGCGGCAAUUACGUUUUGAAAGACUACAACGCUAUUCUGUCGCACCUGCGGACAGAAAAUCGUCCUCAUAUCGACCAACAUCCGUCGAUGUCAUCACCUAUGACUUCACACCAAGUGUUACCAAUCCAGGGACUGUUAUUGUGGAGGCACCACCCGGAAGUCACUGGGAGUGUCCACUGCACUUACAUUUAACUGAGGGUGGCUGUAAUACCUUCAGAGUCGUCAAGGGUGAAUGGAUGAUCGGCCCAUUGGUCCGCAUACCAUGCAGCGAUGGACUACCAGUCUACACCACCGAGUCAAUCAAAACAUGGACGUGGUUGUCUCCCAGAUACAGGCUGAAAGAUACGCCUCAGUCGAUAGAGGUAACUGGAUCCGUGGGCGCAAGACGAGCUGAUCACAUGCUAUGUAGCAUGGUACAGGAUGCCGAGACAUACUUCAGCCUCGAUCAAACUCCGCCAUGGGUGAAGAUGGCAUAUGGGAUAUUGUGCUUGGUGCCAAAAGUCCGAGAGUGGGUGGUUACCAAGGUUUUAUGGAUUCAGCUGCGAGCAGCGUUUCGGCAGUACGAUAUCCUAGAGUAUAGAGGAAGAAUCAACAUCCCCUGUUUGAUGUAUACCACGGAACCAAUCGAUCGGUUUGAACGUUGGAGUGAGGUGGCGAUUGCGAAAGCGUACUUAUGGUGGAACGAAUGGUUGGCAAGGUUUAUUUUUGGCAUGAGGAGUCGGUAUCCGGAGUAUGAGCCCAGCUAUGGGGUCAAAGAGCUGUAA